CAAAAAAAAAGGAAACACUCAUGAGAUAAUCUUCUUCACCCAGUUGUUGGGAAAGUUCGCAGUGGAUUUGUGCUUCUUAAAGUCCAGAGAAGAUCUCCUGAAGCUCUGUUUGGUUGCCUGACGCCCCCCCACCCCCCCACCCAAAAAAAAGAAAUAAAGAAGAACAACUAUCUCCCUCUUCUCUUUUCCCUUUUUGUUCUAUCUCUCUGUCUCUUCUUUCUCAGCAGUGGAGUUUGUCCUGACAGUGUCCAAAGUGGUUAAGAAGAUAAACAUCAUGACCUGCUAGCGACACACAGAACAACAUGGACAGGCAAUAACAGAGAGUGACACCAGGGGAGGAGCGUUGGCCGUUAUGACAAGCUCAUGAUGACCACCCUUUCUGCGACUGAUAUUGCUGAUGUUGGUCAUGGGGCGAAUCUGGGGUGUGUCACUGAGGAGGACUCAGUGAGAGCAGCAGAAGUGAAACAUGAGUUACACACUUCUCCCAGUCAACCAGUUUCAUUCACCAGUUCUCCUAAAGAGCCGAGAGAGACGCUGCACAUGGACCCCAGCGACAUCAAACUGGAUCCCUCUGCAGACACACCUGCAAGAGAGGGGCAGCCAGUGAAGAGGAAGAAGGGUCCAGCUCCCAAGAUGCUGGGGAACGAGGUGUGUAGUGUGUGUGGAGACAAGGCCUCUGGUUUCCACUACAAUGUACUGAGCUGUGAGGGCUGUAAGGGCUUCUUCAGGCGCAGCGUGAUCAAAGGAGCGCAGUACAUCUGCAAGAACUCGGGCCGCUGUGAGAUGGACAUGUACAUGCGCCGAAAGUGUCAGCAGUGUCGGCUGCGCAAGUGUCGGGAGGCGGGCAUGCUUGAGCAGUGUGUGCUUUCGGAGGAGCAGAUUCGGUUGAAGAAAAUGAAGAAGCAGAACGAGGAAGAGACAGCUCGUAGCUCAGCCGUGGCUGCACCGAGCCCAGCGGCUGACGUUCUCCCUUUGGCUCCAGAACAGCAGGAAAUGAUCGAGAAGUUAGUCGCCAUGCAGAAACAGUGCAACAAACGCUCCUUCAUCGACCGGCGCAAAGUCACUCCAUGGCCGCAGAGUCAGGACCCCAUGAACCGGGAAGUGCGGCAGCAGCGCUUUGCUCAUUUCACCGAGCUGGCAAUCAUGUCGGUGCAGGAGAUCGUGGACUUUGCUAAACAGCUGCCUGGUUUCCUGGAGCUCACCCGUGAGGACCAGAUUGCCCUGCUCAAGACCUCCACCAUUGAGAUCAUGCUGCUAGAGACGUCUCGCCGCUACAAUCCAGCGAUCGAGAGCAUCACUUUCCUCACGCCAGACUUCAGCUACAACAAGGAUGACUUUGCCAAAGCAGAGCAGUUUACAACCUGCCCACAUCCUAAAAUGACCUCUCAUCCACCUGGCUUCUCUGCAGGGCUGCAGAUCGAGUUCAUUAACCCCAUCUUUGAGUUCUCAAAGGGCAUGAAUGACUUGCACCUGGAUGAGGCAGAGUAUGCGCUGCUUAUCGCUAUAAACAUCUUUUCAGCAGACCGACCCAACGUGCAGGAUCAUGAUUUGGUGGAGAAGCUCCAACAGCCGUAUGUGGAUGCUCUGCAUUCGUACAUCAGGAUCAAGAGACCAAAUGAUCACCUGAUGUUCCCACGUAUGCUGAUGAAGCUGGUCAGCCUGCGCACCCUGAGUAGUGUUCACUCUGAGCAGGUCUUCGCUCUGCGACUACAGGACAAGAAACUUCCCCCUCUUCUGUCUGAAAUCUGGGAUGUCCAUGAAUGAAAAUAACUAUAAAUGGCCAGCCCCAAGGACAUAGACGUGCAGGCUUUUAUGGCUGAAGGGUGAAGGAUCAUGCUGUCCUUCAGGCCCACUAACUGCCCUGGCCUUGAGGAGCUUGUUUUUAUCUUCCUCUGGACUUAUGAUUGUACGCUCCUGUGCAGGAUACAGUGGUUUGUGGUCGGCCUUCUCAGAAUCAGUACUCUGUAGACUGUCUAGACCGUCCAGAAAUGUUUAGCGACUGACUAUAAACAUUUUGGAUCCAGAUUCUUGCUUAUUGGAAUGAAUGACUGUACAUUUAAGGUGGUUGAUUAUACUUCUUUUUACAAUACGUAUUCCACUGGGAAAACUUGCAGCCCAUUUGAGCUCAAAUCCAGAGGGAUGCCUUCGAGAAGCAGGUGAAUGCAGUGAAUUAGCUAGCUAGCAGAAGGUUUGGCUCUAUACCGUAUGGGCAUCAUUUCUCCCUCCACUUUGGGGCCAAAAACCUGUCAUUUCACGCAUGGUCAUGGAGCAGUGCUCCUACAAAUGACCUGUUUGAGGAUAAUUUGAGAAACAGUUUUCUCGCUUUCUCGUACAUCACCGUUUUUGCUUUGAUAUGAGCUUGUUUUCAAGCCUCUUCAGGGACAGUACAGGAAUAAAGUGGGAUAUCUGCAUCAGUCACAUAGUCUGACAGCUAUGUAUAAGGAAUUUAUAGUUUGUGUAACAUGAAAGAGGCAUUAUGGAAAUUUUCAUAGAACUAAUGUGUCAGAACUGAUUGAGUGGUGGAGAAUGAAACAAAGCUUCUCUGUAGGCUUGAUGAAGUCCUACGUUUUGCUAUUCCUUUAUUAAUUUCCAGAAGGAGUGGGCAUGGCUAUGUUAAGGCUACGUACAAUCUUGGGUACACUGUCUAGAAGCAAUGGGAUGGUGAUGGUGAACACAAUGCAAGCUCUGCUUCAUUUAAAAAUAAAAAAUCCAGCACAUUACUUACAGGGAUUGGCAGGCGUCAGUAGACCUGUCAACAUAAACCAGUAUGCUGCUUACAAAAACUACUGUAAAGGUGGGUUGAGAAAUUUCAUGUGUAAAAUAUAUAACAUUGAACAUAGGUAUGGGUUUAUAACUUUGUUUUAUUUCAAUCAUUGUCAUUUAGUAACUGCUAGUAAUAGUUUAUUAUACAGUGAAACCCUUAAUGUCGUGUCCUUGUGCCCUUCCUGGCAGUAGUUCCAUGGCCUAACGGUGCAAAAAGCAAAAGAACAGUACAAUGUAAUUAAUGUGUCUUCUGAACUAGGAGUUAAAUAUACAUUGGUUUUUCAUGAUCAGUACUACUUCUUUGUCUGAAGCCAUGCUCUGGAAGCAUUCUCAUCUGUUGACCACUGCCACACCAAUUAAAACUGCUACAGGGUCAUGUUGCAUCACCCACUUGAUCUCAUUCUGGCUGGAUUUUUCACUUAAAUCAGCUUAUUUGUAGUAACCUCAUUGUUUUGCUUUGCAGCUUGGUAGGGAAUAGCCUACUCUGUAUCCAGUUAGUCAGAUGAAGUGGAUUUCCAUAGCAAUAUGUACCUGUAAUAUUGAGGAAAGUAGCUCUUGUGCGAUUGUAGCUCUAAUAAGUAUUGGAGUUAUGAAGAGCCUCUUAUAGUGUGAAGAAUUUGAGCUUUGACAAAAUCCAAUGCUAUUCUCUGAAAAAAAAAAAAAAAGAAACAUUUCCAAGUUAUUAUCUAAGAUUCUUAUUCGAACCCAUUCACACCUGGUCGUUUUGUGCAAUUGGAUCUGGAUAAUAUCCGGAUUUUAAAGAUUUUUAACCCACGUGCAUAUACACGUCAAAUGCGUCUCCGGUCAGAGAGAUUGGACAGUUGUUAAUAUGCAAAUUAAUAUUAUAAUAUGCGCAGUGGCUCCUUCAAACAUCAACUUUCAGUGCACCUUUUUAUGAUUUCAUACGAGUGAUCGUAUUUAAUUCUGAUUGUUCAGAUCACUUAUAAAAUAUUAUAUAAAUGCCUCCUGUUGCAUUCACACUUUUGCUCUUUUUUUUAUGUGGAUAAUCUCCAUCUGGAUAUAAUCCUAUUAUUCUAGACGAAUAAAAUGUUGAAACGUAAAUGGGGACUUUGCGUUAUAUAAUUUAUCUCUAGCUAUUAUUUAUGCUUUGGCCUUAGUGACAAAGUAACUUCCCCAGAUUAAAAACCCUGUACUGUUUUAUUCAGAACUCGUCAUAGGAGUAAACCUAAAUUGGCAGUUGUAUUGAUUCUUACUGGUUCUUACUACAGUUGAAAAUGUGGUUUCAAGGACUGAUUCCCCCUUGGACUCUCAUGCUUCUCUUCUUAGCAUACACUAUAAUAAAUACAUUUAAUUGUAAAUUUAUUUAAUAAAAUUACUUCUUCCUAAGCACUGUCUGAAAAGAUUAGAAAGGUAACAAUGCAAAUAAAUCAUUGAGAUUUUUACAAGGAUAGUGCAAAUAUAACUGACUGUGUCUGGCAUCUAAAAAUAGCAUUCUUUGAAAUCAGAUUUGAAUAAAUUUGUGUGUACUAUAAUGUGAUCAAAUCUUCUGAAUUGUUUAUUGGCUUUUGUAUGAUAUGUUGAUCUCAUAACACAACUAUGGUGUCGAGUUUCUUAGCCUUAGAGAAUGCACGAUCAUUACACCAUUCAUUUGUUUUUCCACAAUUUGUGUGUGUGUGUGUGUGUGUGUGUGUGUGUGUGUAUACACUUGCCUUUUCUCAAUCUAUUUUUAAAUGUAUUGGCUUUUAACACGAUUAGUUCAGAUCUAAUUUGUAAUGAUAAUUUAUUUUAUAUGCCCUUGUGGGUGAACCUUUUCCUCUUAAUUCAUCUGACCUCCUGUGGUGUGGUAUCAAACAAUGGUGGCAUAUAAAUGCAAACUUAUGUUUUAACGCCUUAAGUCUUUGGAUAAAAUGCUUUAUACACAUAAUUUAAAAGCUGACAAAUUUUAUUGUUCUGCCAGAGUAUGUAUGUAUUGCUUAUAUUUGUUUGUUGAAAAUGUAGAUGACUAAACACCUCAACUAUUCUUUAUACUGAAAUACAUUGACCUGAAACAUGGAA